AUGAGAGCAGAGACCGAAGCCACAGGAUCUAAUCGCUGUCCCGCAUCUCCGGACUGCGCUCUGGGUUUACGCGCUGCAGCCAAACCGCACCAGACGCACAGAUCUCCGUCUCCUCUGCGUUUUAACUAUACUCUCAUCUUCACCAUGAGGGAAAUCGUGCACAUCCAGGCCGGCCAGUGCGGGAACCAGAUUGGUGCCAAGUUCUGGGAGGUGAUCAGUGACGAACACGGCAUCGACCCCACAGGGACGUACCACGGAGACAGUGACCUGCAGCUGGACCGGAUCAGUGUGUACUACAACGAGGCCACAGGGGGUAAAUAUGUCCCCAGGGCUAUCCUGGUGGAUCUGGAGCCAGGCACCAUGGACUCAGUGCGCUCGGGGCCCUUUGGACAAAUCUUCAGACCUGACAACUUCGUCUUUGGACAAAGCGGUGCCGGGAACAACUGGGCCAAAGGACACUACACGGAGGGAGCCGAGCUGGUGGACUCGGUUCUGGACGUGGUUCGGAAGGAGGCAGAGAGCUGCGAGUGUCUGCAGGGCUUCCAGCUCACUCACUCCCUGGGAGGAGGCACCGGAUCUGGGAUGGGGACCCUCCUCAUCAGCAAGAUCCGCGAGGAGUAUCCGGACCGCAUCAUGAACACCUUCAGCGUGGUGCCCUCUCCAAAAGUUUCCGACACGGUGGUGGAACCGUACAACGCCACGCUCUCCGUGCACCAGCUGGUGGAGAACACUGACGAAACCUACUGCAUUGACAACGAGGCCCUGUACGACAUCUGCUUCCGCACGCUCAAACUCACCACGCCCACGUACGGGGACCUCAACCACCUGGUGUCCGCCACCAUGAGCGGGGUCACCACCUGCCUGCGCUUCCCCGGCCAGCUCAACGCCGACCUGCGCAAACUUGCCGUGAACAUGGUCCCCUUCCCCCGGCUGCACUUCUUCAUGCCUGGAUUCGCCCCUUUGACCAGCAGGGGGAGCCAGCAGUACCGCGCGCUCACCGUCCCCGAGCUCACCCAGCAAGUGUUUGACGCCAAAAACAUGAUGGCGGCUUGCGACCCACGGCACGGACGCUACCUCACCGUGGCGGCUGUUUUCCGAGGGCGGAUGUCUAUGAAAGAGGUGGACGAGCAGAUGCUACACGUGCAGAACAAAAACAGCAGCUACUUCGUGGAGUGGAUCCCAAACAACGUGAAGACGGCGGUUUGCGAUAUUCCCCCGCGCGGGCUCAAAAUGGCCGUCACGUUCAUCGGAAACAGCACGGCGAUCCAGGAACUGUUCAAGCGCAUCUCGGAGCAGUUCACGGCCAUGUUCCGGCGUAAGGCCUUCCUGCACUGGUACACGGGGGAAGGGAUGGACGAGAUGGAGUUCACAGAAGCAGAGAGCAACAUGAACGACCUGGUGUCCGAGUACCAGCAGUACCAGGACGCCACCGCCGAGGAGGAGGGCGACUUCGAAGAGGAGGCAGAAGAAGACGCAUAA